GCGGGGGGAGGGGGUGAACGUCACAAGUCACGUGAUCGUUCUCUCUCUUCCCGAGGCUCCGCCCUGAAACUGUGGAGAGGCUCCAUUUUGUUUCAUUCUGCGGUUCGCUGUUUAGUAGACAGUUGCGACAAUUAAACACUUGAAGAGACUCAUAAAGCGGACUAAGCUGUAAAAUGAGCGGGUGUCGGAUCUUCAUCGGCCGCCUGAGCCCGUCGGCCCGGGAGAAGGACGUGGAGAGGUUCUUCAAAGGUUACGGCCGCAUUCGGGACAUCGACCUGAAGCGAGGAUUCGGCUUCGUGGAGUUUGAUGAUCCCAGAGAUGCUGAGGAUGCUGUAUAUGAGCUUGAUGGCAAAGAGCUGUGCAAUGAAAGGGUGACCAUCGAGCACGCUCGUGUGCGUCUGCGAGGUGGUCGGGGCCGAGGCGGCGGCGGCGGUGGUGGAGGACGUUUUUCUGAUCGUUACGGCAGAGGCUCCCAAAGCAGUCGGAGAAACCCUCCUCCAAUGCGCACCGAGAAUCGCCUAAUUGUGGAGAACUUGUCCUCUCGUGUGAGCUGGCAGGACCUGAAAGAUUUCAUGAGACAAGCUGGAGAGGUGACAUUCGCAGACGCACAUCGGCCCAAACUCAAUGAAGGAGUGGUUGAGUUUGCCUCUCACAGCGACCUGAAAAAUGCGCUUGAGAAACUGUCUGGAAAGGAAAUCAAUGGGAGGAAAAUUAAACUCAUUGAAGCUGCCAAAAAGAGGUCCAGAAGUCGCUCCCGCUCCGACAGCUCCUCUCGGUCCCGGUCCCGUUCCCGCGGCCGCUCUCAGUCCCGCUCUCCCAGACGCUCCCGGAGUCCUGCCAAGGCCCACCACCGGUCCCGGUCCCGCAGCGGCUCGCCCGCCCGCGGCACCUCCUCCCCGAGCCCCAAAUCAAAGGAGCCCAACAAGCGUUCCUCCAAGACCAGCAAGUCUGUGACCCCGUCCUCCCCCCUGCCGGCUCAGAGAGCCUCCAACUCCCGCUCUCGCUCCCGAUCCCGCUCCAGGUCUCGCUCCAGAUCCAGGUCCCGCUCUCGAUCCCCUUCUACUGACAGUCAGCGCUAAGCAGCUGCAGUUAGGAGAUCCUUCUUCUUCUGAGGUUUAAGUAUCAUCUUUUUUAUUUUUGUUGUCUUUAGUCUCGUCAGUUUCACAGAUGAACAGAAACUUUUUGUUUUCAGAUAAAGGCUUUGAUUAGAAACAGCUUUAACACAAUCUGAACAUCAUUAACCAACAAAUCUACACAAACUGGAUCAGUUCACACUCAUCAGUGCAUCAUCACGUCUUCACACUAAAGGAAAACCUGAUUUCUCUAUUUUUUACCACGUUUUUGAUGAAUCGUGAGUUUGUUCCUUAUCUUUCAAAAAUGGAUAUUUUAUUCAUCUCCAACUAGUUUAAUUUGAGCUUCCAGCUCACAGACAACACCAACAUGUCACUGGCAGCUUCUGUAUCCAACACUCGUGUACAGUUACAUUAUUCCACCAAACAUCUGUUAAAUACAUGUUGGUGGGAUACGCUUAUCUUACUGUUCAUUUUGUAAAGAAGUGAAACUUUUCAGAAAGUCAACGCUUCAGGAGGUUUCUUUUUAAUUUUUUAUUUCUUUUGUUUGGUGUACAGGUCAGCUUGUGUUGGUGUUUAAAUGUCAUUCCAAGGCUACUUGUUGGUUGUGUGACGGUUGCUGUGGCUCAAUUGAACAUGUAGACGAGGGUUUAGAGAAACAACACAUUUUUGUACAUGAGGGUUUUAUUUUCAGUGGAAAGUUGUAGAUGUUUGUAUGGUGUUAAAAUACAGACCCAAUAAAGCCGUUUUAAUGACACCCUGA